AUGGCCGAAGUCGAAAGCACCGUCGCAGACGACUCGUUCGUACACUCCGAACCUCAAGAUGAGCAGCAAACCCAUAACAUGACGGUUGGCACGCGACGCCAGGCAAACGGUACAAUCGGCUCCGUUUACUCGGGGAACAAAAUCAGGCAUCUCAAGAAGGAGGAUGGAAUCCCGUUAUGGCGCAAGGACAUCCAGCAUCAGUUUCUCAAACUUGUCUUCGAGGACAAGACACCCGUCUUCACUCGUUGGCCAGACGGACAGAAGGGCCUGGACUUUGCGGAUGUCUACAUCGAUGCUAUGGCAAAGAGUAGCAAAACGAGUAAAAUUCUGAAGGAUAAACUUCAAAACGAUAAGCAGGCCGCCAUCAGCAUGGCGAUGGUCUGUCUACUGGUGAAUUUCGGACGCAUGAAUACCACACUCAACUUUUUCCCUGAAAUGCGUGCUCAACUGCGGACUUAUCACUCUAUCCCUUCCUUGCAAGCCCACCAGGACCCCAAUGCCUACAAACAGCUACAAGAUGCCCCGCGUCUGAAGUCAAUCCUUAAGGGAGCAUCAGAGGAUGUUGAUCAGCCGAAUACGCUCGAUAAGAUCAAACGUCAGAGAAUUCCUCGGACAAACCCGGUCCAUCUUAUUUUCGUUAUGGCCCAGUACGCUCCCAAGGUAUCUGAAUUGCACUUCUUCCCUCCCCGCGACUUUUUCGACUUAGUCAUGAGAUCUACGCUCAGCAGCAAGAGUCGUGCGAGGGCCUUCUUGUGGUUGAUGUGGUGGUAUUUAGAGAGUGACUUCUCGCCUGAGGCAGCCCUGAACAACCCAUUCGGCCCCGGUCUGGAUGGUGAAGGAACUGGGGGUCUGCCAAUCAAAGUACCAAAUUUUGAGAGUCUCACUGAAGAGCAGGCAAACGAAGAAAAUGUGGACACACAGUCCGAAAUCGAAUAUGGAGAAGCCAAACGCUUGGAGCGUAAACGUAUCUUGGAAGAAGAAGAGCCAAUCCCAAGGAUAACUAAACGGUCUAAGAAAAGCCUCCUGGAGCCUGGAUAUGACGAUGACCAGGUUUCAGGCGAUCUUUCUAGCCGAGGGGAUGGCCUUGGAGGUCGUGGAUCUGCUAUGUCGACCCCAUUGCACCCCUCGGCCAAACGCUAUCCGGAUGACGAAGAUGACUAUCUAACCCCGGGACAAUCUGCCCGUUCCCGAUAUAAGCGACCCAAGCGGGAUUCAUCUCUUAAUCGUUCUGUUGGUUCUGGUCACCCGAUUCUCAAUAGGUUUGUUCCGGAGCCUACUUUGCCCCAACAGAGCUCUUCCCGCCGUCCCCGCCCGCUUACCCAGCAUCAGCUGGCUGUGGAGCAAAACAGGCGGCAGCGUAUUGAAUACAUCCUCGCCAAGCGGAAGAAUGAGGCUUACCGGCUCCUCCGCGCGAAACGUGAAACCGAAAUCCCGUUCCACCGCUAUAAUCGCUUGCUGCAGAAUGUCCCCGAUAACUACGACACGGAAGAUGAGGAACACUCGUGGGGCAAGGGGGGCUUGAUUCCCAACCCCGAAGAAGAGGAAGAUUACGGCGAGUGUGCCAGCUUCUACUUGUCCGUCAUUCGUAAAGCCGCAAGGCGACUAGACCGGUGGGACUAUGAAGAUGCCAAUGGUCCGAGGAGAGACCGAAAAAGGGAGAGAGAAGAGCGACAGAAGGCAAGACAAAGCGGAAUUGGUCUUGACACGGACCUAACAGGGCGUGUGCCCACCUCUGCACGUAGCAGAGCUCGAGCUGCGCGUAAUGCCAAGCGCAAGCUCGCUGGUGCAACUACGGAUGCCUCUACGGCUGCGACUCCCAAAACUAAGAGCACGUCGGCAUCUCGUUCCAAGAACAACCGGAGCCGUACAAGCCGUCCCACUGGGGAUGCACUGGCAGCUGCUGAUGGUGCUACUAAGGAUGGUCUUGAGGCGCCAUCUCAAGACCAGGAACUGUCAUCCAUGCCUGGGGAUAUGGACGGUGAAGCGGAAGGCCUUGAUGACAUUGACCGCGAACUUCUUGGCGAGGGAAGCGGUGAGGAGGAUGAGGGUGUUUCUCGAGGGCCUCUACCUUCCCGUCCUGCGGAGCCAGGCUACGAAGAUAGUUUCAUCGGCGAAGGUGUGGAUGACGAUGCAGACGCGUUAUCUUCGGAUGAGAAUGAUGAUGAAGCAGAUGAAGAUGAUCUUGAGGAAGGAGAAGGGGACGUUGAUGUUGAAGGUGAUGGUGACGAAAACUCAUCCACAUUUGAAGGCGGCAAUGGAUAUGCCGCCAGUGAGGCUUCGUCAGUUGCUGGCGAUGCCGCUGAUAAAAGCUUGGAAAGGCGAACGGGAGAGAAAGACGAAGAAUCCCGAGGUGAUCAUUGA